AUGAAGUCAACAGUAAGAUUCACAAUAGCGAACCUGUGCGUGACGGCUAUCUGGUUGCUGUCGGUUGGUCCAUCACAGGGCGAUGAGUGUGUCAGUACGAAGCGUGAUCGGCACCGAACGAUCAUGGAGGAGUACCGCCAUUCGCCGAACUGGAAUGGCUACCUUACGGAGGACACGCUCAACCUGCGCAACAACGAAACGGAGGUGGAUCUCUCGCGCCAAGGCUUCAAAGAGGUUCACUGGCAUUUGAGCAGCUUCGUCGGGGAAGGGUACGAGAUAUUUGAGCUGAAUCUAGCGUUCAACAACUUCGAGGAACUGAACGAGCUGACGUUCCUAAAGUUCUACUCGCUGGAAACGCUCAACCUCUCCAACAACCGGUUGGAGUCGGUCAACAACCUUACGUUUGGUUCGUUGAUACGUCUGGUCGAGCUGGAUCUGUCCUUUAACCUGAUCCACACACUCGAGCGGCAAGCUUUCGAUCGGCUGUACGCCCUGGAGUCGUUGAGCCUGCGGGAGAACUGCUUGAUUACCCUAGCGCCCAACCAAUUCCACUUCAACGAUCAUCUGUCAGCGGUACUGUUGGAUCACAAUCAGCUAUCGUUCCUGCCGUCGGUGCUGUUCGACCCGAUCACGAUGGUGGACGAGGUGUACGAGUUCGAUCUGUCGGAUAACAAUUUCCACCGGAUGCCGUACAUCGAGACGAAGGAGAUCGCACUGCUGAAGAUCGACAACAACCACAUCGAAACGCUCACGGUUAACAAAUCGUUCAAUGUGCGUGCAUUGCAGAUUCAGCACAACAACAUAUACGACGCGGAUCUGUUCAAGUUUAACCGGGCCGAACACAUCGACCUGUCGCACAACAACCUGGACAACAUUGUCGGUCUGCAUGAGAUGAACCAGCUCGAGUAUCUGGACCUUUCGUCGAACAAUGUGUCCAAGUUCGACUAUAACCUAAAGUACUCGAUCCGGAACAUUCCGAGCCUGGUGACGUUGCGGCUACAGAACUGUAGCCUUAGCGAGCACAACAUCCAGGGCCUGCUCGCAUCGGACUCCAUCCUGAAUCUCGACCUUUCACAAAACAACUUUGUGCGUUUGAAUGUGAGUGAACUGUCGCGGAUGCGCUCACUGCAGUAUCUGAGCCUGAACUUUAACUAUCUACGGGAGCUGAUCAAUUACGAGCGGUUGGGCCAAGAGUUCCCGUACCUCGAGCUCGUCUCGCUCUCGUUUAACCGCUGGAACUGCACAUACUACGAUCAGCUGAACGCGUACCUCAACCGCACGCACAUCCGUUCGACGAGUGAUCCACGUGAUUGCUACAUCAACGGUACGCACGUGACCGAUUCCUACGUUACGGAUACGUUCGAGCCCCAGUACACGAUGAACCACAUCAAGCGGGACAUGACGGUUUUGCGUAAUCUUGGCCGUAAUACGAUCUAUUUCAUGUACGCGCUGUACUCGACGAUCCGGGGCCAGGGCAAUCAGACCGUUCUGCACCAGCAGCAGCAGGACGAGGAACUGCGCGACCUAGAACGGGACGUGGACCGAUUGCUUGGCAUGCUUGCAUUUCUGGUAGCCAUCUUUGCUAGCGUGCUGGGCGUAGCCGUCGCCUACGGUGGAUGGCGGUUGUUCCGCAAAUGGCAACAUGACCGGGCGGUGAAAGUGGUGACGUACAAUAAGCGUGCGAACGAGUUCAGCAAUGGAGUCACGGUUAGCGAUGUUAUUCGGGACAACUCGGCAGCUUAA